AUGUUCUCAUUCACUUCUCAAGGAACAAAGUUUGACACCACACAUUCAAAGGGAAAUGGUCCACCUACUUUGCGUCUGCAUGGUCAGACUUAUCAUAGAAUUGGAACAUUACUUUUGGAGCAAGGCAAUCCUCCAAAAUACUCUCAACUGUAUAUUUUUGAGAUUGAUAAUGAGGUCGACAAUAGGAUGGAUUAUUUCAGGGAGAAUAAAAAUGUUAAAAGAGAGGUGGUUUUAGAAUUAAAGUAUAUGUUAGACAACUGUAACGUACAUGCUAAAGCUUUUAGAAUGACAAGGGAUAUGUUGAAGGAAAAUUCAUUCUUAGACUUGAAGCUGAAGCUUAUUGCUGCUAGACCAGAGGACGUCCGUGUCUAUAAUAGGCCAACUAUUUCUGAAGUUGGUACACUAAUUGUUGGUCAUAUUGUGUCAGGUUCUCAAAGAGACGUCAUUAUCCAGGCACGUGAUGGUAAUUUGAAAAAAAUAGAUGAAUUGCAUCCAUGUUACCUGGCAUGCCAAUACCCUUUGAUAUUUUUCUCUGGCGACGAUGGUUACAGGGAUAACAUACUUCAUAUGUAUAAGAACGAACAUUUAAUCAUAAGAAAAAAUUGA